AUGGCUUCUAGUUACCAUUUGAUUGUUAAAAAGUCUCUUGAUGAAAAUAGAAUUGCUUAUUCAUUACCUGAACACAUUCAACGUGGAUGGCAUCGAAUCUACACGUCCGAAGAACAACAGUUCAAUGCACAAACAUAUAUCAUUGGUCUCGAUGUUCAAAUUCCAAAUUCAGUUGUGCGGCAACGUCUAGGUACCAGAAAACUUUCAAUGAAAAAAAAUGCUGCAAUUCUAUCGAAAGCAUUUGAAUUGCCCGAUGAAUUAUUUAUGAAUUUAUCUAAUGAACAUAAAGUAUCUGAAAUAAUAGAAGACGAAGAAAAACUUAGUUUCGAAUGGAGUGAUGACGAUAAUUAUUAUGGAGCAAAACAUAAAAAGCCAAAAAAGAAUUAUCAAUAUGAUUCUGGCAAUAGGGAACCAUUAUCAUUGAAUGACUUGAUUGAAGAAAUUCAUACAAAUGGUGGAAAAAAUUUAAAGCAUGAUGAUUCAAAAUUAAUUAGAAAUUUAAUGCAAAUAAUUAGUCGACAGAAGAGCAAUCGAAUCUUUAAUAUCUAUGAUGAAUUAAUCAAUGCUCAAUUGAUCAGUAAAAACAUCGGUGUUCCUAAACUUGUUCAGGCUUUACAAGAUAUUCAAAAAGUAUUUGAACAAGUCGCUAUGAAAACCAAUGUAACUUCGAUUCAAACGAUUAUUAAUGUGUUACUUGAAAACGAUAGCACAUAUCGUUUAGCAAAUGACUUACGGAAAUCAUUUAAUGAAAACAUGGAACAACACAGACAACAACAAAUAUUGAAAUUUGAAGAUAAGUCCGCUGCAUCUGACGUGACUAUGUUAACUCGCGAUCUUAAAUUAAUUCUAAAUAUCGAUGGAGAUACAAUAAAUCAUGAUCGUGAUAAACAAAUAAAAUUUAUCACCGAACAAUUGAAUAUAAUUUUUCAACGUGCACAUCUCGAUGGAAUCAGAGCAGUUUUUGAUGCUCUGAAAUCAUCGAUGGGUGUCUCAUUAAAUGAUUUUAUUGAUAGAAUGGAAAAUAGUCUGACAACUAAAUUAACUGAACACGAUAGUAUUUUUAUUGAAUCAUAUAUUCAUGAUUAUUUCACAUCCUUAAGCAAUAAUGAAUUGAAAUUAGCCUAUGAACGUUUAGUACAACAAGGUACUCUUAAGCGCGUUGCGAUAACUGGUGAAAUGAAUCAAACGAUAACGAUGAGUUUAAUGAAAAAGAUUGAUACGAAUGGAUUAGGUGCCGUAAUUGAAGAUAUUGAAAAUGCUCAACUAGAUAAUAACUCGAUAAACGAACUUACACAAGCAUUGACCAAUAUCUAUCAUCAUAUUCAAACACAACCUUCGAUUUCACUUGAGCAAAUUGAAAAUAAAUUAGGUAUGGCAUAUUUUAUUGAAACACAUAAUCUUAACAAAGCUGAUAUUUAUAAAUUAUCCAAAGCAGCUGAUUUAUAUUCUAUUGUUCGCGUUAAUCUUCCUGUGGAAGCUACGAACGAUGAAUGUUCAGCAUUUCUUGACAAUUUGAAAGCUCCAUUGAUACGUCGAUGUAUUCAACGAAUUUUAACUCUAACCAAUCAAGAUAAGACUAUCGAUUUGGAUAAAGUAUCUAGUAAAUUUUAUAAUGAACGUAUUAUUGAUCUACUUAAUGACUUAAUUCAUGGAUCCGAUGAAUUAAAUCGAAAUCUAAUUCUUUAUCAAAUUAAAAAGGAAUUAAAGAAAAAUAAAGAAUUACCCGACAAACUCUAUCGACAAAUGUUAAAAGAAAAAUUAAUUCCUAUUGAGACUAAAACUAAAAUAGACACAGAUAAGAAAAAAAUCUCAAUAAUUAUUCAUGAAACAAAUCAAAUUUUCAACAAUAUAGACGAUCGAUUGAAACAAGAACAGUUCGUUGAUUUUUUUGAUCAACUUGAUAUAACUCUUCCUGAGCGUGUCAAGCAUUGGUAUAAGACCAGGGAAAGUGGCCAAAAAUUACAAUCAUCUGUCUCUAAGAAAUUAAAUCGAUCUCUCUCCACGCGACAUCCUGUGAAUAAAUCCAUCAGUAAACCGACAAAAACGGUAACUUCAUCAAAACACGACAGUAAAAAAAAUAGAUCCGUGCUAAAAUUUGCACCAAACAUUACAACCAAAGUUUUCAAUAGUACGCAAAAAACUAGUAAUAAUGCUGAUAAAAAUGAAAAAGAGAAGUUGCAAUCCGUAUCACAAGCGUCAUUACCACUGAAAACAGAAGCACAACAAGAAAAUCCUACAGUCAUCACCCAGGAUCAACCAGUUCAAAUAUCUACAACAACAAGUAUGGCUCAUGUUUCCAGCAAACCAAGUCAAGCAUCAAUCACAUCAUUGCCAAGCGCAAAAGAAAUAAUCGAUCCCAUAGAUCCUCUUGGAUUGAAAAACGAAAUUGACAAUCAACGAAUUUCUGAUCGUCAAACAUUAAAUACAAAAAUUGACUUUGAAGAAGAAUUUAAAUCCUCACAGAAUAUAUCAAUAAGUACAGAAAUAUUUCAAGCUGAUCUUGAAAUUAUUCAACCUGAAACCACUUCAAGUGGCAACAUGAAUGAAAGCAAAACGAUGAACUUUGAAUUUAAUCCAGAUGUAGCUCCUCUUGUGUAUCUUACACCUGUAAAAAAUGAUUCAAAACAAGAAAUUAAUAUUGCAGUAGCUGAAAAAGUGGCUCAGUCUAUCAGUGAUGCAGAAUAUAUACGAAUAAAAGCACAAAGAUUAUUAGCUAAAACAAUGCCAUCAAAUAUUGUUCGUCAGCUGAUUGAAGAAGAACCAGCCAUUGCAAGAAUUUCGUCAUCAUCAAAUCUUAGAACCAGUAAUGAAGAAACUAUGUUCCUUGUUGCUGAAAAUCGAAAAUUCUCAGAUCCAUCAGCUGAACCAACCAAUGAAUCUUCAAUAUCUACAACUGCACUACCAUUGGAUAAUAUCAAAGUAUCUCCUAAACAUCUUCGUCGUAAUCUUCCUAAAUCGAUAAAAAAUACGGCAGAUAUGUAUAUGAAUUCUUUAACAAAAGCUUUACGCGAUCUAUUCGCUCGUUCCGAAUAUGACAAUACUAAAUUAAAAAAGAUUCAUGGCGAACUUAUAGCAUCAGGUCAUAUUUCACCAUUGAAUGAAUUUUAUCGUUCACCAAAUGAAGCCUUACGUGUAACACUUGACCACUGUGUCACGUACGCAGAUUUAAUCAAAUGGACUCUAUCAUUGUUACAAACAAAUAAUAAACCAAAUCUACUUGAUUUCGGUCGUGAUCUUUAUUUGAUCGCAAUUGAUUUAGAUUUCUUAUUAAUAGAACGUAUUGAUGAUAAACGAUGUGCAAUUGAAAUACAAGAAAAUCUCAAGCAUGAAUUACAAACGAUUACUGAAACUGAUCUACGAGAAAUUAAUUCUUAUUUAAAUGCUUCUCAAUUGGAAAAGUUAGUUCAUAGCUCAAAAAAACUUAAUGUUGCUUCUAAAGAUCGUAUGAUAUCGGAUCUUAAUCUAUUGCUUCUUCAUCUUAUUCAAAUUUGUCACACAUUCGAACGGAAAUAUCGCCCGAUGCAGACACGUAUUCGAGAAAUAGGCGCAAGAUUCAAAUCUCGAGCUAUUACUGAUCUCGUACACAAAUUAGACGAGAUUGAAAAACGUUUAGCAAAAACGUUUUCAAUCACAUUAUUUGGUCUUAGUAAACGUAUGAAUGAAUCUCGCGUCUUAUUAAUCAAAUAA